CUAUAUAUACGAUCAGCAAAAGAAAAAGGAGUCCAGAGAAAAGAAGCUUAAGCAAAAAUGGCAGCCUCAGUCAUGACUUCUUCAGUGAGCCUAAAACCAUCUCCUUUCACUGUUGACAAGCCAGCAGUGAGAGGCCUUCCCUCUCUUUCCAGGUCUUCUGCUUCAUUCAAGGUGCAAGCAAGUGGCGGCAAGAAGAUCAGGACUGCCACCCCCUAUGGAAUUAAUGGCGGCAUGGACUUGAGGGAUGGUGUCGAUGCCUCCGGGAGGAAGGGUAAGGGAAAGGGUGUCUACCAGUUUGUAGACAAGUACGGUGCUAAUGUUGAUGGAUACAGCCCCAUUUACGACAAAAAUGACUGGUCUCCAAGUGGUGAUGUCUAUGCUGGGGGUGUUACUGGAUUGGCCAUCUGGGCAGUUACCCUAAUUGGCAUUCUUGCAGGGGGUGCUCUUCUUGUCUACAACACAAGUGCUUUGUCAUAGUAAAUUUAUUAAUUAUUCAUCUUUGGUUGUAAUUUAUGUGUUUUUAAUUACUAUAGCCUGUCCCAACUAGCUGCUCUAAACAAGAACAUUAAAGAAAUACUCUGUGCAAACCUUAAUUGUAAUGUUUUGGCAUGGAUCCAGUUUGAUGCCUGUAGUAUAUUGUGCUGGACUUCUUUA